CUCUUCCAAGCCUUAUCCUCCUCCUCCACCACGAUAAUUUCUUCUUAUCAAUUCUUUUGUCCUCCCUGCCCCUCCCCUGCCUCCCAAUCUUAGGGGCUUUGGGCUUAUUUCUUUUUUGUAUCGUCUGUCAAUUCUUCAGGGAGGAACACUCACCAUGCAGUCCAUCUCACCGGUGUAUUCAUCCGCCACGGACAAGGAUAAGAAGUACUCGCCACCAUGGGCGGAUUUGAGUAUUAUCGGAAUUGCGGGCAGUUCAGGUUCAGGCAAAACUUCCGUGGCCAUGGAAAUUGUGAAAUCCCUGAAUCUCCCAUGGGUGGUGAUUCUCGUAAUGGACUCUUUCUAUAAAAGCUUAACCCCAGAAGAGCAUGCUAGGGCCCAUGCCAAUGAGUAUGACUUUGACUGUCCCGAAUCGUUGGAUUUCGACGUUCUGGUGCAAACGCUGCGGGACUUGAAACAAGGAAAGAAGGCAGACAUCCCUGUAUAUUCAUUUGCCAAACACCAGCGGGAGCCCCAAACAACGACACUUUAUUCCCCGCACGUGAUCAUCUUGGAAGGGAUCUUGGCUUUGCAUGACCCGCGCAUCAUGGAACUGUUGGAUGUCAAGAUCUUUGUAGAAGCCGAUAUGGAUAUUUGUCUGGGACGCAGAAUCAUGCGUGAUGUUCGGGAGCGAGGACGAGACAUUGAGGGGAUCAUCAAGCAGUGGUUCACUUAUGUCAAGCCAUCAUACAAAAAAUUCGUCGAACCUCAGCGAGCAGUAUCAGAUAUUAUCAUCCCUCGUGGGAUUGAGAACCGAACUGCAAUCGAUAUGGUUGUAAAACACAUUCAGCGCAACCUGGACGAGAAGUCGGAGAAGCACAGUGCCGAGCUCGCUCGUCUCGGACUCCUUGCCUCGGAAGAGACGCUGUCUCCCAACGUCGUCGUCAUGCACGAGACGCCACAAUUCAUCGGCAUGAACACGAUCCUGCAGGACCCUGCCACCGAGCAAGUGGACUUCGUGUUCUACUUCGACCGCCUUGCCGCUCUUUUGAUUGAAAAAGCCUUGGAUGUGACCUCCUAUGUCCCCAAGCAAGUACUCACUCCUCAAGACAACUCCUACCACGGUUUGAACCAAGCCGGCACCGUCUCUGCCGUCGCUAUAUUGCGCGGCGGAUCGUGCCUUGAGACCGCUCUCAAGCGGACCAUUCCCGACUGUAUCACCGGUCGUGUGCUUAUCCAGACGAACGAGAAGAACGAAGAGCCGGAGCUCCACUACCUCAAACUACCCCCUGGUAUCGAGGAGCACGAGAACGUCAUGCUCCUGGACCCGCAGAUGUCGAGCGGAGGUGCCGCUCUGAUGGCGGUCCGCGUGCUGAUCGACCACGGCGUGCGCGAGGAGCGGAUUGUGUUUGUCACCUGUGCGGCUGGCAAGGUUGGCCUCAAGCGACUCAGCGCUGUCUACCCGCACGUGCGGGUUGUUGUUGGACGGAUUGAAGAGGAGCGCGAGCCGCGCUGGAUCGAAAAGAGGUACUUUGGCUGCUAAGGGGCGGAAUCGUAUAUAUCGAGAUGAUGGUUGGAAGCAUCUUUCGGCUUGUCACCUUUACAUAAUGUUCUAUAUAUGUCCAUAGUAGUACCCAUAAUGAUGAUACGUGAACAGAG